UUGGAACUUGAUUGAACAAAGGAAACACAAAACUGGAGCCGGGGAGCAAUUGAAGCAAAAACAGAAACAGAAGGGGAAAAUGCCACCAAAGUUCUGGGACUCCCGGUGAACUGGUUUACCCUCCAGCUCUUAGGGCUUGUGCCCAAAACGUGAAAAUGGCGACAAUCAGAGCGACCACCAACAUGCUUUUCAGGGAAAUCUUCCGCCCUUCUCUGUCCCCGGGACCUAUUCGCGUCUUCCCAACAUGGCCAUCGAGCCCUACUGCCCGCCUCUUUUGCCGGAGGAUCAGCUACUACGCUGUCCGUUGCUCGGCCUCCGACUCCGCUGACGGGGGCAAGAGGGCCCCCGCUCGGCUGUCUCAGGUUCAGCAACUCAUGUUGGAAGCCGAGGAGAGAGCUGCUUCUGCCGGCAACGAGCCUAUUCCCAAAAUCACAUUAGACCAUGUUACAGUGAGCUUUGCAAGAAGUGGUGGGCCUGGGGGUCAAAAUGUCAAUAAAGUUAACACCAAGGUGGACAUGCGGUUCAAUGUUAAUAAUGCCCGUUGGUUAAGUGAUAGGGUUAGGGAGAGGAUUAUGCAAAUGGAAAAGAAUCGGAUUAACAAAGAUGGGGAGCUUGUGAUAUCUUCAACAAAGACCAGAACACAAAAGGGGAACAUUGAUGAUGCUUUAGAGAAACUACAGGCGAUUAUUGAUGCCGCAUCCUAUGUACCACCUCCCCCUUCGGAAGAGCAAGUAAAAAGAAUCGCCAAGUUGGCUGCGAUUGGGGAGCAAAAAAGACUGCAGAACAAGAAGGCUCAUUCACAAAAGAAGGCCUUCAGAAGAAGCCGAGAGAGUUGGGACUGACCACCACCACCACCGCUACUACUACUACUAGAACAUCAGGAGGAGUCAAUAAGAUUAUUAAGAUCCAUUGAAAGCCACAAACAGAACAGCUUCUCCAAAAGCAGUGGUGACUGAUUGAUUGAAAGCAUGCUCUGCUCCACUCUCUCUCUGUCUCUCUCUCUCUCUAUAUAUAUAUAUAUUUACACUCAAGUUGGGUGAAACAUUCAUUGCUAAUUACAUCUCAGAGUUAAGUGUAUGCACAGUAGUAGUAGUAGUAGUAUAUCAUUGAAAUUGAAUUGCCUUGUAUAGAGAUUGACGCACCCAAGGUUUUUCUAUUAGCUCUGCUUCAUUUGGGAUUCCCUGGAAGUUGAAGUUGGAAGUUACUUGUAUGGAAUUAUUUGUCAUUCA